AUGUCGUCCUCCGCCCAAGUUUCACACGACCCCGACGACGAUAAUAAUAAGCUCCAACACCACGCGCCAGAGCGCCCUAGCUUCAAUUCGCACGACACCACCGACCGAUUGAGGGAGGCUUCCAGACUACCGCCGCAAUCGACCGUCAGCAAUAUCAGAAAAGGGAGGAAAUCCAUAUUCAGGGAAACAGGACUGCACGAACCACAACCCAAUACCUCGAGAGAAUUCGAAGAGAAGGAGUUUGGCAAGAUCACCGGAUUAGCGUCUGAGUAUACAUCACCGACGAAACGGAAAGGUUCAGUAGGCGAAUCGACAAGGGAGAAGACAAGGUGGCUGUCCAGGCUGGCCCCAUCACGGCGUCCGGCAAUUAAGACAGCUGCCAGCGCGCCGACUGCCACCAUCACGGGUCUGCACAGGCUCGCCAUGAUCGCACUACUUAUUGCUGUGGUUCUCCCCGCCCUCAGUUACAAUAAUGGCCGUGGAAAGGUUGAGAUCAGAGGCGCGGAUGCGGGUGUAAUCCAGAAACCUCCUGGCAUCGUCCUCGAGAACCGGGCAGACAGCUCUACCGAUGUCUGCAAGAGAUGGGCCGGGCAGAGUGCCGCGGUGAACGGCACUCUGUAUUACUUCGGAGGACGAUCCAAGACGAGCGGCGACCAAACCUCGGAUACAUGGAACAACGAUUUCCUCGCGCUCGACCUCACAAAGUCGUGGGACAUCACCUCACCCGCCUUGAGCGGCCUUGCCCAGCCGUCUGGCCCGCCGGCUGUCUCACUGGGCUAUCUCUGGAAUGACUACGAGCACCUCUUCCUCUACGGCGGCGAGUUCUCCGACACACCAGUGACCACGCCCACCGCAGUCUCGACGUGGCAGUACGACAUCGCGUCGUCCACGUGGACCGAGUUCAAAAACCCCGUCACGUCGGCCGGCAACUACUCGACUGCAGCAGACGUGCCCAUCCAGCGGGCAGCAGAAGGCGCGGGCAUUUCCGUGCCCGAGCUCGGCGUGAGCUGGUACUUCGGCGGCCAUCUCGACGCGUACACCACCCCUGGGUGGUCGGUCCAGGUCGCGAGGGUGUAUCUUCGGAGCCUGCUCGAGUUCACGCACCCGGGGUACGCCAACUCGGGCGUCGACUCGCUGCACGCCUCGGCCGCGCCCGACGGCGGCGCCUACCGCAACAUCACGCAGGGCGGCAUCCAGGAUGAGGCCGGGUUCACGGAGCGCGCGGACGGCGCGCUCGUCUACGUUCCCGGCUGGGGCCCGAACGGCAUCCUGCUCGGUCUCGGCGGGGGCGUCGUGACCGACAGCGACAGCAGCGCCGCCUUCGCUUCAAUGACCACCAUUGACGUCUACGACAUCGAGUCGAGCGAGUGGUACCACCAGGAGACGUCGGGCGACGCGCCGCAGGUGCGCGUCAACCCGUGCACGGUCGUCUUCUCCGCCCCCGACGCGAGCUCUUUUAACGUCUACAUGUACGGCGGGCAGAACCUGCUCCCGGUCGGCUCGCAGGUGCAGUACACGGACGUCUGGAUCCUGACCAUCCCCAGUUUCACGUGGAUCAAGGUCGACACCUCCACCAGCACUAACCCAGCCGGGCGCGCGGGCCAUCAGUGCGCGGCCCACGACGGGCAGAUGGUCGUGUUCGGCGGCUACACGGGCAACGAGACGACGUGCGAGAACCCGGGCAUCUUCAGCUUCGACGCCUCAAGCCUGGCGUGGAAGGACUCGUUCGCAGCGGCCGACCACGCCGCCGACAUCGACCCCGACAACAGCAUCCUGGCGGGCAGUUAUGGGUACCAGGUCCCCGGCGCCGUGCAGUCCGUGAUCGGCGGGUCCUCGGCCGGCGGCGCCACGGCGACGCAGCCCGCGUCGGGCCCCGCGACCGACGGGCCCUUCAAGACGGGCACGGCGCCCGUGUUCACCGUCACGGCGGCGGGCAGCACGGCGACCCCGACGACCGUGUCCGCCUCCUCGAGGCGCGCCAACACGGGCGGCCUCAUCGCCGCGGGCGUCGUGGCCGGGCUCGCCGGGCUAGCAGCAAUCUACCUGGGCUUCUGCGCCUGGCUGUGGCGGCGCCAGGUGCGCGCCUACAGGGCGCACAUGGCGGUCGCGAACCGCUACUCCAACGAUGGCAGUGACCGGCCCGGCAUGGCCGAGAACCAGGCCGCCGAGGUCGCGGGAGCCGCGGGGAUGAUGCUCCCGACGGGGUCGCGCGACCGCGUCGAGCGCGAGAAGCUGCGCAAGUCUGCGGGUCCCCGAGGGACAGGGUCGUCUGGCGCUGGUAGUGAUCAAGGAGAGCAGUUCGGGUGGGUGGGCCAGCAGCAGCACCUGGGCGAGCCGAAGUGGAUGACGAGCAGCGAGGACCCGUCGCCGGGGUCCGGGUCGGCGAUGACGGGGUCGGGGUCUGGACCUACGUCGAUUCCGCGGCCCAGCGAGGACCGCAGUCCUUGGGGGUACGACAGUUAUGCUGCGGGCGUGGGAAGGUCGAAGAGCGGCGCGAGUCGCGCGAGCGAUGCGAGUGGGGCGAGCGCGGAUGGGCUGAUGGAUGGACGGGAGCCGAAUUUUUUUAGUAUUGUGCUGGGGCCGAGGCGGGCGCUAAGGGUUGUUAAUGGGAUGGAGGAUGCGGCGCCGGCGGCGUGA